CCAAGUGGCCGCAGCAUGGUCACAACCUUUUUUCUCAAACACCACCACCAAAAUAAAGUUAUUUGCAAGAAAAAAUAAUUUCGACUACGGAUAAACACAAGAUCUACUUCGAAGUUCAUUGUAACUACUGCGUCUAGCGUCUUCUCUACACGUGUUGACAACUGACAUAACCUCAAACAUGGAAAACGAAAAUGUGCACAAAGUGAAUAAGAAAAAGAAGAAAGGAAAAAGUUCAAAGCUAAUUUCUUUUGACGAAGAAGUUGUGCCCAAACAUGUAGCGCAACAAAUACUUGCGAAAGAAAAUGCUAGUAACAAUGAGACAGAGAGUAAGAAAAAAACGAAGAAAGUAAAAAAAGUUGACCAAGAAGUUGACCAUAAUCGUGAAAAUGGUUCAGAACCCUUUGACAAUGACGUCACUGGUGAAAACAGUCACGUAAAUAGAAAAAGGAAAAAGAAAAAGAAGUCUGCCACGAAUAAUGGAAUUGAUGAAGAAGUCCAUGUAAGCAAUGAAAAUGAAAGUGAUAAUCAACACACAACUGAAAACGACAACAAUGACACUACUGAGGAACAUUCUAGCAAAAAAAAGAAGAAAAAGAAAAAAAGGGAGCAAGAAAUCAGUGAAAACACAGAACAGGAGAACGAAGAUGAAGUACAAAAGCCAAAAAAAAAAAGGAAAAUACAAAAUUCAGAUGAAGCUGAGUGUUCUACUGAUAUGGUAGAAGAAAAUACUAAUGAGCCUUCUGAAUCUAAGAAGAAAGAAUCAAUAAGAGCACAAAAACGAAAAAAAUAUGCCCAAUUGUUGCAAGAUAAAAAGUUGCAAGCUGAGUUGGGGUUGCAACAAAAGUCUUUAAAUUAUUUGUCUAAGUGGAAACACAGCAGAAGUGAAUGGAAGUUUGAGAAAUUAAGACAAAUUUGGUUGCAACAAAGUAUGUAUGAUUCUUCAAAAGUGCCACAGGAAUUUUGGGAAACUCUGGUUGAGUAUUUUAGCCAUUCAAAGGGAAAAGUGAGAGAUUCAAUAUUAAAGGAUGCUGUGAAAAUUAUUGAAGCGGAAAAUUCUGAGGAGGAAACCCAAGUUAAAGUUGAAAGAGCCAGAGAUAUCAUACAAAAUUUACAAGAAUAAUGUUUCUUAUUUUGUGUAGUUUUUGCUGCAAAAAAAAAACUUUAAUUUA